GCAAAAAGACUUUUAUUUUGAACAGUGUUUGACGCUCGUCUGCGCAGUUUUCACAGCAGUCAGUUUUCUAGGACCUUGAGCACAUGAAAAUAAAAUAUAAACAGCACAUGUGAUUGUAGAAAUCAAGAACAUUUACAGGACAUGGCGAAACGGAUAAUAUAUCCUUUAUACCAGCUUGGUAACCCACAGCUGAGAAUAUUCCGGCCCACCUUCAAUCUAACCCUGGUCAGACCCGGCAAAGAACAGCCACCUGAAACAGUACAGUUUCGCAUUCCUAUGGAAAUGACCAAGUUUGAUGUCAGAAAUUAUCUAGAGAAGAUCUACAGUGUUCCUGUUGCAGCUGUACGCACAAGGAUCCAGUACUGUACAAACAAGAAACGAAACCACUCAAACCAGCGAGUGAAGAGGCCAGAUUACAAAGUGGCAUACGUUCAACUGGCUCAGCAGCAAACCUUCCAGUUCCCAGAUAUCUUUCCUGAGAAGGAUAAGAAGCAUGAGGAGGGCUCUGUUGAGGAGAUGCAGGAGAAGUUCAUGGAGGAUGAGCGUCAGAGGCAGAAAUCAGAUCCCAGAAGAGGAGGAGUUACUGAAUGGUUUGGCCUCUAGACCGAGAAGUGUUGAAUGAAGAAUGACUUCAGAGAGGCAGCAGCUGAAUGAAGAAUGUGGUUAUUGUAGAUUAUGUAUUUGUCCAGUAAGAGCCAUUUACAGUGAUCUGACCAGCAUCCAUAGAGGGCCAUUUGGAGAGAUCUGAUCUGACUCGAUGGAAAGAGAGAUUGUCUG